UUUAAGCAAUCCCCGCUUAUCCCGGUUACCCAAUUCUCCUUCUCCGCCGUCACGCCGCCACCGUACAUGCCCUAACCGGUUCAUCUCGGUCACGGUCACCCCCUCUAAUACUUUUCUAAAAAAAUAACAGAAUAUUCAUAAAAAUAUAUAUUGAGAAAAACACAAAAGGCAAAAAAAGAAGAAAAGAAAUAAAAUCUAGAAAGAGAAAGACACAACACCUUCAACUCAACCUCAGAGAAAGUGAUUGGAUUUAUUUAUCUAUUUUAAUUUUAAUUUCUUUUCCUUUUUCCGCUUUGGGGCUGUGAGUGUGUGUUUUUCGUUGUUGUGUGGCCUUUGAUAUUGUCUCCGUUCCCGUUUCGUUCUUCUUCCGCUUCUUCUUUUCUUUUCUUUUCUUUUCUUUUCUCCGAGUUUCAACUUUCAACACAGAAGAGAGAGAAAGAUAUAUAUACGUUUCGUCCGAGCUGAGGCUUUUUAAUUGCGAACAUUGAGUUUGUUUGUGUUUCUUCGUUGCACGUGCUAUCGAAGGACUCGAGUUCGUUUGAGGUGUUUUGAUUCCGCGAAACGAAUCGAAAUGUUGGUUCGGAAUUUGAUUUCGCCAGAAUUCUAGCUCCGAUCUCACGAAAUUGCUCGAAUCUUAGGGCUGAAGCAAUGGAUGUCGAUUCCUCGAUGGUGCCGGAGACCGAUCACGAUCCCGCCGUACAGAACCACGCCGCCGAUGACCCGGCGCCGGACGCGGCGGAGGGAGAACAGCUAGGGGAGCCGCCGUCGUCCGGAGGCGGAUCUCCGGAGCAGACGCAGCCGGCGCCUGCUUCGGCGCCGCAGAGUCCGGUGGUCGGACCGAGGCUGGCGCCUAGUUACACAGUGGUGAAUGCAAUUUUGGAGAAGAAGGAGGACGGACCGGGGCCGAGGUGCGGCCACACGCUAACGGCGGUGGCGGCGGUCGGAGAGGAGGGGACCCCAGGGUACAUUGGUCCGAGGUUGAUUUUGUUCGGCGGUGCCACUGCUCUUGAAGGCAAUUCCGCGGCGACAGGGACUCCUUCAUCUGCUGGAAAUGCUGGCAUACGUUUAGCUGGUGCCACAGCUGAUGUCCAUUGUUAUGAUGUCUUGACUAAUAAAUGGUCUAGGAUAACUCCCUUUGGAGAACCUCCCACUCCUAGGGCUGCACAUGUGGCGACUGCUGUAGGAACUAUGGUGGUUAUUCAGGGUGGCAUUGGUCCUGCUGGUUUGUCAGCGGAGGACCUUCAUGUUCUUGAUCUCACUCAGCAAUGGCCACGCUGGCAUAGAGUGUCUGUUCAGGGCCCUGGACCCGGGCCACGCUAUGGACAUGUAAUGGCUUUGGUGGGGCAGAGGUAUCUAAUGGCAAUUGGAGGCAAUGAUGGAAAGAGACCUUUGGCUGAUGUAUGGGCCCUGGACACAGCUGCUAAGCCUUAUGAAUGGCGCAAGCUAGAGCCAGAAGGAGAGGGCCCACCUCCAUGCAUGUAUGCAACUGCAAGUGCACGCUCUGAUGGACUUCUUCUGCUUUGUGGAGGCAGGGAUGCCAAUAGUGUUCCAUUGUCAAGUGCAUAUGGACUUGCUAAACAUAGAGAUGGUCGUUGGGAAUGGGCAAUUGCCCCAGGUGUCUCACCAUCACCAAGAUAUCAGCAUGCAGCGGUAUUUGUUAAUGCAAGGCUCCAUGUGUCUGGUGGGGCUCUUGGUGGAGGACGGAUGGUUGAAGACUCAUCAAGUGUGGCAGUAUUGGACACUGCUGCUGGUGUUUGGUGUGAUACAAAAUCUGUUGUUACGAGUUCAAGAACUGGUAGAUACAGUGCUGAUGCAGCAGGAGGAGAUGCUGCAGUUGAGUUGACUCGGCGUUGUAGGCACGCAGCAGCUGCUGUUGGUGACCUAAUUUUUAUUUAUGGUGGUUUACGUGGGGGAGUCUUGCUAGAUGACCUACUUGUUGCUGAAGAUCUUGCUGCUGCUGAGACAACAGCUGCUGCUUCACAUGCUGCUGCUGCUGCAGCUGCAUCUGCAUCUAAUGUACAAGCAGGACGCUUACCUGGACGAUAUGGAUUUGCUGAUGAUAGAACGAGGGAAACGAUGCCUGAGGCAGCUGCUGAUGGUUCUGUUGUUUUAGGAAAUCCAGUUGCGCCACCAAUGAAUGGUGACAUUUAUACUGAUAUCAGCACUGAAAAUGCCAUGCUUCAGGGACCUCGGCCUUUGAACAGGCGAACUGCUAAAGGUGUGGAGUAUCUGGUUGAAGCAUCAGCUGCAGAAGCUGAAGCUAUCAGUGCAGCACUGGCUGCUGCCAAGGCACGGCAGGAGAACGGAGAAGUUGAAUUGCCUGACAGAGACCGUGGGGCGGAGGCUACCCCAAGUGGGAAACAAACAUCUUCCUUGAUUAAGCCUGACUCUGCAGGUUCAAAUAACAUUACUCCUGGGGGAGUUCGGCUGCAUCACAGAGCUGUGGUUGUUGCUGCAGAGACUGGUGGAGCAUUAGGAGGCAUGGUUAGACAGCUUUCAAUAGAUCAAUUUGAAAAUGAAGGCAGGCGGGUUGGUUACGGGACUCCAGAAAAUGCAACUGCUGCCAGGAAAUUAUUAGAUCGGCAGAUGUCUAUCAAUAGUGUGCCAAAAAAGGUCAUUGCACACCUCUUAAAGCCUCGUGGAUGGAAACCACCAGUACGCCGGCAGUUUUUCUUAGAUUGUAAUGAAAUUGCUGAUCUUUGUGAUAGUGCUGAGCAGAUAUUUUCGAGUGAACCAAGUGUCUUGCAACUAAGGGCUCCAAUUAAAAUAUUUGGUGAUCUACAUGGACAGUUUGGUGAUCUCAUGCGCCUUUUUGAUGAGUAUGGUGCACCAUCAACUGCUGGUGACAUUGCAUAUAUCGAUUAUCUAUUCCUAGGAGAUUAUGUUGAUCGGGGACAACACAGUUUGGAAACUAUAACCCUUCUUCUUGCUCUGAAGGUUGAGUAUCCCAACAAUGUACAUUUAAUACGUGGAAACCAUGAAGCUGCAGAUAUUAAUGCACUGUUUGGUUUCCGAAUUGAGUGCAUAGAGAGGAUGGGUGAGAGAGAUGGAAUUUGGACAUGGCAUCGGAUAAACAAGCUGUUUAAUUGGCUUCCUCUGGCAGCUUUAAUUGAGAAAAAAAUUAUUUGCAUGCACGGUGGUAUUGGUCGUUCAAUAAAUCAUGUAGAACAGAUUGAAAACAUUCAGCGUCCAAUUCCAAUGGAAGCAGGAUCAAUUGUGCUUAUGGAUCUAUUGUGGUCUGAUCCUACAGAGAAUGACAGCGUGGAAGGACUGCGACCAAAUGCUAGAGGUCCUGGAUUAGUUACUUUUGGGCCCGAUCGGGUCAUGGAAUUUUGUAACAACAAUGAUCUUCAGCUGAUUGUUCGUGCACAUGAAUGUGUGAUGGAUGGGUUUGAGCGUUUUGCCCAGGGACAUUUGAUCACACUUUUUUCAGCGACUAAUUAUUGUGGUACCGCAAAUAAUGCUGGGGCAAUAUUAGUUUUAGGUAGAGACCUUGUUGUGGUUCCUAAACUAAUCCAUCCAUUACCACCAGCAAUUUCUUCACCAGAAACAUCACCAGAACCUCAUAUUGAAGAUACAUGGAUGCAGGAGUUGAAUGCUAACAGACCGCCAACGCCAACAAGAGGCCGUCCCCCAGUAACAAACGACCGAGGUUCGCUCGCUUGGAUAUAGUGAUCAUUAAGAAUGUCCCUUCAUAUUUAUGCCGUACUGGUCGUGCUAUCAGCCUUGUUUUAGUGUUAUGUAUAUAGCAUGAUGCCAUUUACGGGAGUCUCCGAGCCUGUGAACUUAAUCCCUGCAGAAAGUUUUGGUUCUCAUCACUCCAUCAGCAGGCCUUGAUAAGAUAAGAUAUGCAUUUUCCGCAUCACUCCAUCAGAAAGUUUUGGUUCUCAUCAUGCUACGUUUACUUGGACCAAGCUAGAAAGAAGUUCGCAAUCCAAGUUCACCCCCCCGUUUGUAAAUUGAGCAUAGGUUACGAAAUCAAGGUUAUGGUUGUCAUGGAGGCUCUUUUUGUCUUUCAAUUCUUACAUAUUUUUUACUUGCCCUAGGCUAUUGUUGGGGUUUUGUUAAUCAAGAGGACAGGAAGGUUUUUUUUUUUUUUUUUUUUUAAUGUGAUGGUGAGUUAUAUAAAUCAGUUCUUGGAGGUCCUUGUAUCAUAGGUGUUGCUCGGUAAUUUCAUCUUUGUACAAUUAAUUUUUGAGUGAAUCGAUAUUCUCCUAUGAAGAAUGUGAAUUUUGAUAAUAGUUUUGUAUUUUGCUGAAAA